AUGGCGGCGAGGGACCGCUUCGGUUCAUUUGCCGAUCCAUCGCUGACACCACUUCAACGAGCUAUACACAAUGCUAGCGAUCCGACAAACUACGAGCCGAACCUUGCGCUGAAUCUCGAAGUCGCAGACUUGAUCAAUUCCAAGAAAGGCAAUGCGCCUCGAGAAGCAGCUAUUGCUAUCGUCCAUCUGAUCAACUCCCGGAAUCAGAAUGUCGCUCUCUUAGCCCUCGCUCUUCUUGAUAUAUGCGUGAAGAACUGCGGAUAUCCUUUCCAUCUCCAAAUCAGCACGAAAGAGUUUCUCAAUGAGCUCGUCCGGCGGUUUCCCGAGCGACCUCCGCUGCGGCCAUCGCGGGUGCAGCAUCGGAUACUCGAGUCAAUUGAAGAAUGGCGGCAAACGAUAUGUCAGACGUCACGGUAUAAGGAGGACUUGGGUUUUAUUAGGGAUAUGCAUCGGCUUUUGCUCUACAAGGGAUACCAGUUUCCGGAAGUGAGAGGUGAAGAUGCAGCGGUCUUGAACCCUUCCGACUCUCUCAGGUCGGCAGAAGAGAUGGAAGAGGAGGAAAAAGCGGCGCAGUCUGCGAAACUUCAGGAGCUGAUCAGACGAGGAACCCCGCAGGAUUUACAGGAGGCCAACCGGCUUAUGAAAGUGAUGGCGGGCUAUGAUACGAGGAACAAGACCGAUUAUCGGGCAAAGGCUGCUGAGGAAGUUUCGUAUGUUCAGCAAAAGGCCAAGAUUUUGGAAGAGAUGCUGCAGAGUAUCAAGCCGGGCGAUACAAUAGCUGCUGGAGAUGUAUUCGAGGAACUUGCAAGUGCCCUUCAGAGUGCACAUCCCAAGAUUCAGAAGAUGUGUGACGAGGAGUCGGAAGACACGGAGGCAGUGGAGAAACUUAAACAGAUCAGCGAUAGUAUCCAACGGACUGUUGAGAGAUAUAAAUUAGUCAAGGGCGGCGACUUUGAUGGCGCAUCUAGGAUUCCCAAGGGCACGCUGGGUACAACAACUGGUGUUUCCAAGAAUGCCAACAAUGAGCUAUCCUUGAUUGAUUUUGACCCUGAGCCCGCCUCGAAUGGAGCUGAAGCCGACCAACCAGCUGCGACGUCUUUGGAAGAUGAUUUGCUGGGACUCUCCUUUCAAGAUAAAGCUACUCCGGGUCCAGUCAAUUUAGGAUUUGACGGUCCUCCAGCAGCAACCAGCUCUGGUGCUCCCCCGCCAAGUCAACCCCAGGAAUCCAGCGGACUUCAGCGCAACUAUGAUAUUCUCUCCGCGAUUUCGGCGUCUCGGUCUGGCUCUCAGUCAUCGACACCAGCGCCGCCUCCGCCAAGUCAGCCGAAUCGAUCUUCCCCGGCGCCGGCAGCGGAUCCUUUUGCAUCUUUGAUUUCAGGUGGUUCCAGGACGUCGUCUCCCUUUGCUGCAGCGCAGUCAUCGACCGGUCACGCACAAUCACCGUCGCUCGUCGACCUGGCAGGAGGACCAACACCGCCUCCUGGCCCAAGUCAAGCGGCGUCGACUAGUGGUGGUGGUGCAUUUGACGACGAGUGGAGUUUUACAUCUUCUCUGCCGGAGAGCACAUUACCAACAUCCAACAGAGUGCGCGUUCUCAACUCUUCUCUUGUAAUUGACUUUGAAGUUCGACGAAGACCCGAGGACACCAAGUCUAUCCAAAUGGUAGCACUAUUUUCCAACGCUACCAACCAGGCCUUGACAGAACUGCACUUUCAAGUAGCCGUCGAGCGAGCAUAUACGCUACAGCUUCGACCACAGUCUGGCCGGGACAUCGCGCCCCUUCAAUCCAUCGGAGUGAAACAAGAAAUGCUGAUUGAAAAUAUCGAACCUGGAAAGGGAAAUUCGGUGAGAAUACGGUUCAAGGUAUCAUAUCGGGCUGGAGGAAAAGCCAACGAAGAGCAAGGCAUGGUUCCUCCAUUAGGAAUAUCGUAA